AGAUGACGAUUUGCGCACGAACGAAGGGGGCCAGUGAGUGAGUGUGUGCUUUCUGCGUGCGAGUGUGUUUGUUGAACUGAGCGGAGGUGAAGAAGAGGAGGAUGAAGCUGGGAGCGGAGGAUGGGAGGAAGAGUGGAGUAAGAGACAGGCUAGCUGUGUGUGAAUGAGUGAGUGAGAGAGGAAGAGGAGAGGAAGGUCGUCCGAGGGACCGAAAACAAAGACAGCAUUUUUGGGGGAUAACCUCCGGAACAUUACUAACGGAAACUUUCAACUUUUUGCCCGCCACAGCUCGGCUUGUUGUGCACGGAGCCGGCUUUGUUUCACGGCGGGGGUGUCUACGAUAAAUGAAGGAAUAAAAUAGAUCCACAUCGACCUUUUUCUACCCAAGCGGGGAAUACCCUGGGACUGCUUUUGAUAAAGGUUACGAGAGAAUGGCGGCCAACAUGUACCGAGUGGGAGAUUAUGUGUACUUUGAGAACUCCUCCAGCAACCCUUACCUGAUCCGAAGAAUAGAAGAACUCAACAAGACAGCCAAUGGGAAUGUGGAGGCGAAGGUGGUGUGUCUGUUCAGGAGGCGAGACAUCUCAGGCAACCUCAACACCCUGGCUGACAGCAAUGCGAGAGAAUUUGAGGAGGAGUCGAAGCAGCCGACACUGUCUGAACAGCAGAAACACCAGCUCAAACACAGAGAACUCUUCCUGUCUCGACAGUUUGAAUCUCUACCUGCUACUCAUAUACGGGGGAAAUGUAACGUCACCCUCCUCAAUGAAACAGACGUCCUGGCCAGCUACCUGGAUAAAGAGGACUGUUUCUUCUACUCUUUGGUGUUCGACCCUGUCCAGAAGACCCUGCUGGCGGACCAGGGCGAGAUCCGGGUGGGCUCUAAGUACCAGGCAGAGAUCCCUGACAAGCUAUCUGAGGGUGAGUCAGAUAACCGGAUCCAGGAGAAGCUAGAGACCAAGGUGUGGGACCCCAACAACCACCUCAAAGACCCUCAGAUUGACCAGUUCCUGGUGGUGGCACGUGCGGUGGGGACAUUUGCUCGGGCCCUGGACUGCAGCAGCUCUAUCCGCCAGCCCAGCCUCCAUAUGAGUGCAGCUGCAGCCUCUAGAGACAUCACAUUGUUCCAUGCUAUGGACACAUUGCAGAAGAACAACUAUGACCUGGCCAAAGCCAUGUCCACCCUGGUUCCUCAGGGGGGUCCGGUGCUCUGCCGCGAUGAGAUGGAGGAGUGGAGCGCCUCAGAGGCCAUGCUGUUUGAGGAGGCUCUGGAGAAAUAUGGCAAAGACUUCAAUGACAUCCGCCAGGACUUUCUGCCCUGGAAGUCUCUAGCCAGUGUGGUCCAGUUCUACUACAUGUGGAAGACUACCGACCGCUACAUCCAACAGAAACGACUAAAGGCAGCAGAGGCAGACAGCAAGCUGAAGCAGGUGUACAUCCCCACCUACACCAAACCCAACCCUAACCAGAUCAUGGUGCCAGGCAGCAAGCCUGGUAUGAACGGGGCAGCAGGCUUUCAGAAAGGACUCAGCUGUGAGAGCUGCCACACGGCCCAGUCUCCUCAGUGGUAUGCCUGGGGGCCUCCCAACAUGCAGUGCAGACUGUGCGCCUCCUGCUGGAUCUAUUGGAAGAAAUAUGGAGGCCUGAAGACCCCCACACAGCUAGAGGGCGCUGCAAGAGCUGGCUCUGAGUCAGGCCCCCGCGGUCACAUGACACGUCAGGAGGUCCAGGGCAUGUCGCCGUUCACCCGCAAUGAGGGUCGAGCCAAGCUGCUGGCCAAGAACCGGCAGACAUUCAUCCUGCAGACCACCAAGCUGACCCGCAUUGCCCGGCGGGUGUGUGAGGACAUCCUGCAGCCUCGCCGCGCGGCACGGCGGCCCUACGCCUCCAUCAAUGCCAACGCCGUCAAGGCUGAGUGUAUGAUCAGGCUGCCCAAAGCCACAAAAACUCCCCUGAAGAGCAAGUUGGUGCCUCGACAGUCACUGGCCACCAUAGUGAAGGAUUUAGCCAUCUCAGCUCCUCUGAAACUGAAGGCAUCUAGAGGACCCCCAACACCGAUCAACAGGAAUCAGGCCAGCCAGCCCCGUGUGGGCCAAAGCCUGCUGGGAAAGAGAGGCUUCGACAGCGCUACAGGGGUGCCCUACCCAGCCAAUGGGAGGCCGUAUACUUCAGGUAUGAGGACCACCUCUCAGUCGGUCAUCAAGCGGCAGAAGGUCAGCCAGGGGGAGGCACCCAACCCUGUGGUGUUUGUGGCUACAAAGGACACCAGGGCUCUGAGGAAACAUCUGACCCAGUCAGAGAUGCGUCGGGCAGCGAGGAAACCUCACCUCCUGGUCCGGAUCAAGCUCCCGCCGCCCCCCCGCUCCCUGGCCAUGCCCCUGCUCCCCUCCAGCACCAGCGAACCCAUCGUCCUGGAGGACUGAAGGGGAGGGACAGGGGGGUCUUUUAACAGGACAUGGGGGUCGGGUGGGAGUUUGGGAGGGUCUGUGCUCAGGCCAUCACUUAACAGGCAGCACAGUAUGCCAUACCAGUAGUCUUUUAUUUUCCCUCUUUGCAGCGUCAUUUUUCUUUAGUCCUCUGUUACUUCCCAAAGGUUGUGCCCAAAACACACAGACACACACACACACACACACACACACACACACACACACAAGCACUUAGAAGACUGUACAUUUCCAUCAUAUUAAACACACACAUCAACACACUGACACUCACACAACACCUUGGGCUUUGUAGUAUUUUAUUCCAGAUCCUGAAUUAUUUUGCUCCCCUUUUCAAUGCCGCCUGUGUUUAAAUGUGUAAUUUAAAAUCAAGAUAUCUCUCAUCCUGAAACAAUGAUGAUAAAGCACACUGUUUUUCCCCUCCAUGUCUCUAUUUUUGUGUAAAUAUAUUCAUCAUUUAAGGGGUGACACCCACAGUAUGUGAGGAGAAUUGGGGGUGAAGAGGUGGAAAUGGGAGACUGUGUGGGACAGCUAGCAGGCUUAAGGUCUAAUUUGAUUUGAUUUUGAAGAUUUCACUCGUACACUGAUCUGCUCCAUUCCAGCAGGGGAAAUCUGACUGGCUGUUAAUUGUAGCUCACGGACUGUGCACAUGUUCGUUGGUCAAGUUGAGGAGACAUGUUGACAGAGCAGCCCUCAGUCAGUGUGAACACAGUGUUGGAUUAAUCUCCUGCCUUUUUACUCUUAACUUUUCGUCAUAUUUUUCCAUCAUCAGUCAGGAGCCGAACACAAGCCUGUUACAGGGGUUAAUGAAUCCCGGCAGGUCAAGUCCUUCCCUAGAGGUUCAUCCCAUCUGCACCUCUUAACAUCCUCCAUCUUAUGAAAAGCCCUCAGUGUCAAAAAUAUUGAGUGAGCACAAAACAACUUAAGCAGUGUGAAAGUCAAGGUUUGAGAGAGUGCAGAGACAGAUGUGCAAGUACAGAACAAAACUGUAGACAGUCAGGGUGGAAUGUAGAGUGUAAUUAAUGUUUUGCGUUAGCGAGGGAUUGUAACUAUAUUUAAACAAGCAGUAGGGCUUUGUUUGCCCACUGGUGUCAAAGCUGAUUGCUUAGUUUUGACAGAUUGUAUCACUCAUACAAAAUCAAAAGUGCCACCCUGUUAGACAACGCCUUCGAAGUAAUAAUUUCAGUUUCGGGGCUGUAACUAACCAUUAUUGUCAUUAGAAAUGAAUCUGCCAAUUAUCUUCUCAAUUAAUUGAUUAAAAAAUGCCUAUCGCAAUUCUCCAAAGCCCAAGGGGACGUCUUCAAAUUGCUUGUUUUGACCGACCAAUAGUCCAAAACCCAGAUAUUGAGUUUACUAUGACUUGAAUGAUUUAAACGAGUAAUCAGUCAUUAAAAUUGUUGAAGUCAGUUGAAGUAAAUAUGGUCAUAGAAGCCACACAUCAUGUUAACCUUAAAUUAUUGAUAACUGCUCUCUCACUUACAGAAUCUACCCAUUUCCACCUGAGUGUGCACAAAUUCAGGAUUUUAGUGUCUUCACUGAACCCUGUCUGUCUACUACUUACUAAUCCUGGUAACCUUAAGUUGUUGAUAACUGUUCUGUCACAUUCACAUCUACCCAAACAGGUGGAAAUAUGCACAGAGAGUGCGUAAAAUCUGGAUUUUAGUGUUUUUACUGAACCCUCAUUUUGCUGUUUGUUUUUUUUCCCCCCCUAUUGUUUGUACGGCCUGAACUGAGUCCUGAUUUAGGAUUUACUAAUCCUGACAUAACGGCUUAAAUUUGUUUUAUGCUCACUUGAUAGUUUGGUUAUUAAUGACCCUCCAUGCCGUCUCCACCUUCACCAGGCAUCGCAGUAGUAAUGUUUUAAGAAACUGAUGAGGGUUGCUAUUGCAGUCAAGCCACAUUUGUCUUUCGUCUCUUGUCAGUUGAUAGCAACGCUUUUAUAGCCACUUUUAGCCGGUUUGAAGAGAGACGUUCCCUGGGUCCUGUUCUCUUAACCUCACCCCAAGACAUUUGAACAGGCAGUCUGGACUCAAGGGGACAGGAUCAUUGCUCAAAGGAGUCUGUAGGUUUACAGUGUAGGAGGGAUCAUAUGUAGUGUUUGAGGAAAUUCAAAUGAUUGUGCUUACCAUGGAUUUGCACAAGUUACUGUUUGACUCGCCAUGAUGAGAGAACACAUUUGGCUUUGAGGUACUAUGUUUGAGUCUGCAAAAUUCCAAAAUGAAGCCAUAAUGUGCACCAAAAAAAUAAAUAAAAGUUGACGUCCAUUGUGAGUGGACACUUUUAACUCUGAAGUACUGUUAGACUAAAGCCACAGCAUUUCUGACAAUGUACUGUUUGGUUGCUUUGAAUGAAACUGACACAAUUAUGUUACUGGUCAGGUGAUAAGUCUGUUAAUAAAGCAGCAACAUAUGUAAAUGCACGGAAGACAAUUAAGGCUAAAAAAAUAAGUUCUGAAAUUAAUGUUAAAAAUUGCAAAAAGAGUGAGAUUAAAGUUGUAGUUUUCCUCCAAAUAUUGAUUAAUGCAGAACUUUUUUCAUAUGGCCUUAAUCCUCGUCUGUAAAUGUCUGAUGAUGCAGCAGAUGUGAUGUUUUUGAUUGUGAUUGGGUAUGACAACAAUGUGAAAGAAAUCUUCAGCUGUCUCAACUUUUGCUUUGUUUAUUUUAGUCCCCCCCUGUUUGUACCAUUACGAAAGGGUGAGUACUAAAAGUAAGUUGUUAAUUGGAUAAUUAUAAUUCCUCUGUGUCCCUCAGCCUGUGAACCCCCAUAGCAGCGAGGGGCUACACUGGUUUUAUAAGCAAUUUUGGUCCCAAUGUGGGCUUUGUAAUAUUUCUCAAAAAAAGAAAUUGAAGUGUUUAGUUUGUAGCAAAUACUAAUCUGUGUAAAGAAAAGUUGAAAACUGGCAUAUUUUAAACUUUUUUUUACAUCUAAAGUGUGUAAUUCUGCUCCAGUAUGGUGGAGAUGGCUCUAAUAGGCUACUGUACAUGUGAAACAUUGCUCUCCUUCAUAGGGUGGGUGGGGUGGUCAUUUGAACCAGGGGCGACAUUCAAAAGGGAGAGGUUGCUGAUUUUUGUAUGAUGGAGAGACAGACAUGCUACAAUUGAAACUUUUUCUCAAGUGUUUUUUAUUCCAAUGUCUCUGUAUCCUUUAAUGUAUCUUGAUAAGAAAAGAAAUAAAGAAUUUUUUUUUCUUUGUGGUCA